AUGUGUACCUGCAAGCUCCAUCUUGCAGUGCGGCAAAUUCCUCCAACAAAAGGGCCGAAUAUCUUAACACUCGACGGCGGGGGCAUCCGCGGGCUUGUGCAACUUGGCUUGCUUCGCUCGUUGGAAAAACGAGUGGGUGGCAGUUUCAUUCAGUCAAUUGACUAUUGCGCGGGUACAAGUGUAGAACGCAGUUUCCAACGAUUCCCGGAGUUCGCGGAAAAGAUUUUCGAGCAGCCUGCAAGGAAUGUCCAGGCUUGGGUGUUAGGUCUGAAAGGGCUUCUCUUGAAUGGCAAGUAUGACGACCGUGCGCUCGAAGAGACCCUUACGGCAGGUUAA